CAGUCAACUUAGUCUGGGACUCGUGCAAUCUGAUUGAAUUGUAUGUAAUAGGAUGGAGUGUUAUUUGUUUUUCCAUAAAUAUAUGAAUAAACAAUAGGACAUUUCUUAUUUCCUUUAGCUGUUGAGAAAUACUUGCUGGCGUGUAUUUCUCUUAACAUAUCGUCAGUAAUAUUUAUACAAACUCUACUUGUUAUUUUCGUCGUUAAAUUAAGCCCCUGUAUUGCCUGCGUCCUAUAUUUAUCUUGGUAAAAGCUCAGCCAUAGGCGAGUUGGACUUGGAUUUAGCGUAUAGAUAAGCAUGUUUUCUGUCAGUCGUGACGCAAUGACGCCAGACAAGGCCUCGGUUACGACCACUGCAUUGGAGUGGAAGGGGAAGUUGAGUGUGCAACAGCGACCUCAGCGGCGCGCCGGUGGGCAAUUGAACCGGAUGCUUCCGCUGCGCAAUACAGCCCGAACACAAAAGAAGGGAAGGGCUUUAUGGCGAUAUUUAGAUCCGCCAGACAAGCUGUUAUCUGCGGGAAAAAUAAGUGAAUAACCCCUGCGGUAUACUGGGUCCGUGUUAAAAACACCCUGAUUUAGUUUACAGCCUUAAAGUGCCAUUGCAUUCACUUGUGUGUCCUUUUUUUCUUUUGAAGGUGCCUGUCUGUGCUGUGUUUAAGUGCGCAUAGCCUUUAUUUAUCCACUAGCCUCUUUAUUUUGUUCUAAUGUCUCUAACCUAUUUUCACCAAGCAUUAUCUGAUUAUGCACAGUUGUAGGCCCAAUGCGUUCCAGGUAGAUGAACGCCUAUCUUUUCAGUUAUUGGUGUGAGUUAUACCGUUUUUUUCCUUCAGUAUGGGAAAACAGGCUGGAGUGAAUUAUUUAGCAGUAGUCAAUCGCCUAUGGCCUGUAAGGUGUUGGCCUAGCUUUCAGUUUUAUUUGACGGUAAUAAAUAGAACACGUAAUUCUGUGGCUGUACUAUCACGGUUCUCUAAAGCUAUGGUAGGGCAAGGUUCGAGAACAUGUCUGUGAAGUGUUACAACGUGUUACCCCGUCAUUUCCUCUCUUCAUACUAGUUCAGAUUUGAUCAUAUUGUAUCCAGACUUGGGUUUGCAUGUUCAGAAAGCCUCUUCUCGGCUAUUGUUGAAUUACAUGUGUUGGUUUGUAUUGUAUUUGCGUGUCCAUUGAGCGUUGUUUGGUUUCUGAAAACGAGUUUUAUUUCUGCUUUCAAAUUUGAUUAGAACGUGAUCUAUGCGUCUGGAUGAUGAAACAAACAACCCCAUGUGUAAAGUAUCUAUUCAAUUAUCUAUUAAUUGCAUGUUUUUCUCACGAGGUUUCUCACACUUUUGUGAGGAAAACUCAUAAACUCAACGACUUCUGUACAUUAGUCUGUAUUUGUUAGCGUAUUAGUUUCUACUUAAUAGUGUAUAAUUGUUUUCUUUAGCCAUAGCGGCUUCCAUAAUUGGCACUGCUGUGCUGGUAGCCUAUUUGUAAUAGUGCUGAUGGUAAUUAUGGUUCGGGGCCUGUGUUUUGGUUGAUCAUGUCACAUGACCUGGAUUUUAACCUUUAUUUGAAGCCUUUUCCAGAAAUGAGAAUUAGAACAAAAAUAAAAACAAUUGUCUGAGGAUGAUGCUGGACCAUCUGACAUUAAAAUAAAAGGGUAAAGUUUGAUAAUAUAUAUUUUUAAUGAACAUUAAAAUCCAGGUAAACCAAAACACAGGGUCCUAAUCAUGAUAGUGGCCUCAUAAUAGGAUAAUAGAACUCCUAGUAAUAGUUGGCUGUAAACAAUAUGUGUAGCCUAUUUCUUAGUAAUAGUGGUAAAGUAUUUGUAUUUGAAAAAGAAGCCAGCUAGGCUACAGGUCGAUGUGCACUACUAUGUGCAUACUAUUUUCUAUGACGAAUAUCCAUAAUUGUCGCUUAUUUUGUUGUAUCUUAAUUUUUUAAAUAUGCCACAAUUAGGCCUAUUUCCAUGUAGGUUAUUGAUUGAAUUAAUAUAUUUUCUGUAAUAGAACAUUGCUGUUUAAUUCCUCGGUUUUGUUUAAUAACCAGAAUGUAGGCUAUCCUGGAUAUUCACGGAUAUAGAAUACAAUAUUAGACUAGAACAGUAAAAUUAUUAUUUCAAUUUUUUUGUUUUUUUGUUUUAAGGCAGCAGUAAAUACAUGAACUUAACCGGGUAGACCUACUACUAUGCCAACACACAUUUCUAUUCUAUUUAGACAUUUGUUAUCUAUCAAAAAUAACUAUACGAAUUUUAAAAAAUCCAUAUUUUGCUGCUGAAAGGAAUAUUACUUUUACUGAGUAAUUAUAUAUAUUUUUUCCAAAUAGGCAAUACAAUAGCAAUGUCAUAGGAUGUUGAUGAAAUAACACAUUAAACUAGUCAAUUAUUAUUCUCAGCAGGCUUGUGGUUCUAUUAGGCUUUAAUCUUAUAUUGUAUUGGGUUAUUAUUGUAUAAUACCAAACUAAGGCUUCACAAAAUAGCAUGAUAUAGCACACCUUUGAAAGCUUAUGUUUAAUGGGGUGUGUGCGUAAAAGCUUGUUCAUGUUGGAAUGUUUCCUGACAAUGAAAAUAUGAAAGGUUUGAACAUUUUGACUGAAGAUGAACGAGGUUACCUACUACGAUGGAAAGCUACCCAGAGCAUUAGUUGUAAGAAAGAAUAUCUGAAUAAUUUACGUUCCUUGGCGCCAUAGAAAGAAUGCAGUUUAUGACAUUUGGUUUCGUUAAUAAGCCCCAAUAUGGCGGCGUUCUCCUGGUUAUGUUCAGCCCCUGUAUGUUUUGUUGUGAGUAUCAUUGGUAAUGCUUAUUACCCUAUAACAUAUGUGUAAAUAUACUCGUUAAAUGUGUGUUUUGGGAGAAUUAUUUAUUGGAUUCGCUGACCUAUACUAAAUGGACAGAUACUUCCAAUGGUAUUUCAGUUUAGCCUACUCUCCCUUUCCAUAGCCCUACAUUUAUAUCAGCAGUAACUGUAUAAAAUAAUAAUAAUUUGCUUUUAAACCUAGACAUUGUUACGUUUUAAGACAGAAACCCGCGAGCAUUUAAUAGCCAAAGGGAUUGAUUUAUCCUGUAUUGUUCAGCCUUUAUGAUCACGUGCGCUCGACACCCAAUCGAAUGGCAGUCCUGCUUCCCAACUAUUAGUCGACUGUAGAUCUUUGUGGUGCCAAGUUGCUAUACUUGAUUUCUUCAGAUUGUUAUUUUGUAAAAGUCGGGUUUAGUGCGUGUGUAUGUGUGUGUGGCGUGUGUGGCACGCUUGUUUUUGUAUGUAUCUGUGUAUGUGUGGGUACAUGUGAAAGUCUCUUUUGCCAUGUCGACAUCUGGAACGUUGACGAGCUACUACGUUGACUCCCUCAUCUUGCCCGAGAGCGAGGAGCUGUCCGCGCCCAGAUACACCUCCGGUCCGGGGGGGCUCCAGCAUGCGAGGCAGCUCACCUCGCUCACGGAUCACACCGAGCUUGGGCCCUGCACCUUCCCAACGAAAGCUCCGGUCUUCAACCCGUCCUGGGGCCAUGUAUCGACCCAGUUUCCAGGUGCCGUGUCAUCCGUGUACCACCACCCGUAUGGGCAUCACCAAGGCCCGGCUCCAGGCGAUGUGGAGGGUCGCUACAUGCAGUCCUGGCUGCUGGAGCCCAUUUCAGGGUCCUUGCCUUUGACCGGAUUACCGACGAGUCAUCAUUACGGGAUCAAACCGGAGAGCCUGGGCGCACGAGUGGACAGCGCGCUGCCUGGAUCCCACACCGCACUGCUCCUGUCCGACUUCACCAACGGGACAGUUGCGACGGCGUCCCCGGUGGACAAGAACACACUACCUGGCCAGACCGCAAACCCGAACGGGGAGAUAGAGGAGAAACCGGCCCUCGAUCCAAAUAACCCGGUAUCUAACUGGCUCCACGCAAGCGCCACGAGAAAAAAGCGCUGUCCAUACUCCAAGCACCAGAUCCUCGAGCUGGAGAAAGAGUUCCUCUUUAACACGUACCUCACGCGGGACCGUAGGUUCGAGGUCGCGAGGCAGCUCAACCUUUCCGAGAGACAGGUCAAAAUCUGGUUUCAGAACCGCAGAAUGAAGAUGAAGAAAUUUAAUAAAGAUUGUGGACCAACAAAUGAUUUAUAGGAACCUAUGAUUCAUUGAACGAGAACGUAAAAAAUAUCACAAAUAAGGGAUAUCUGUGAAAAGACUGUAUUUUUUAGAAGUCGUUGUCUUAUUGUUUUAUUCCAAACAGAAGCUGUUAUGUGUCUUGUAAAAAGCAUGUCCGGCCCUACUCGUCGGUUUGAUGCAACUACCUUUAUAUUGCACAAUUUAACAGUGCGCAUAAUUUGUUGUUAUUGUUAUUAGGAUGUUAAUUAAUUAAGGCCUCGGCUGCAAGUGUCAUUGUGUAAGACGAGUAUUAGUAGGCCUGUUCUCUGUGCUCGUUUGUGUAUGGAUGUUUGUAGCUAUGUGUGUGUUCUCUGGUUUGUAGAUAUUUCUAUUUCCGGUUCAACUGAAUUUAGCUUUAAAUGUGAUUAAGUUUUUUUGUUGUUGUCAUUAUUUCAAUUACUGGUAACGUUGAUUCAUGAUCUAACGUUGGAGUGAUAGGCUAACGUCUGGCUGCUAACGUAAUGGUAGCAUUUUGAAGUGGGUGCAUGAGUAUCAAAAGCCUUUUUAAAAUGCAUAUAAGCCUAUUGAUAAUAUUAAUAGAAGGUACAUAACAAUUAUUUUGUGUUGACUACCUAGACGUCUCUCAACUACCUAUAAUUGCAAGACCUAUAAUUGCAAGAACCUAUUUCAUUUUUACCUGACUCCGUUGUGAAGAAACAUAACGCUUGUAUAGGAAACUAUGUCUGAAUUUCAGGGAGUAACAUUUAGAGGACAUAUUGGUCAGAAAGAGAGAGAGAGGACAUUUUUAAAACACUGUAGGCUACGUAAUGAAUACCUCAUGGUCUGUAGACGUUCCGAUGUUCGCUUCUCAAAUGUAAUUUGUACUUUAUUUAUUGAAUAAAACAAAUUAUAUCUGCGA